GAGUGCAGCGGCCCCAGUCUGCAUCGAGAGUGAGCCGAGGCAAGAUCAAGGCUUGGCGACGAGGACGAAACCGACACACCUGGAAGGAAAAAGAAGGACCGAGCCCGAGGACAAGAGACGAUGAUGUCGCAGGACGCGCAACUCUCACGCAGACUCAACCCUCCCCGCGACCGUGCCGAGCCAAAGGACAAGGAGGCCGAGCAGCCGGACGACGCCCCCGAAGCCGCGGCGGUCCCGAAGAAGGACGCCGGCAGUGACAAGACGGCCUUCGGCGACGACGACAUGAGCUGCGCCCUGCGUCCCCAGCAGGGCCUCGUCAACCCCUUCAUGCAGCCCGACGACGACGCCGACGAACUCGCUGCUCUGCAGACCGCCAACGAGAUCGCCUUCGCCGCCAACGUCGGCCCCGGCGCAGCCCCUGCUCCGUUUCUUGACUUCCCCACCAGGGACCUCCCGACUGACAACUCCAACUUCUUGAACUUUCAUGACACUGCCUUCAACUCUGUGGGCUUUGGAUUCGCCGACUACCUGUGCCUGGCCAACGACAACCUGAAAGCCAACAGCAAAGCCCAUUACAUGUCAGCCAACUGCGUCGUCUUCACCAACUACACGUCUGGGAACGCCGCUGCCGAGGUUGAUCAGCACUUCAGCCGCGCCCUCGGCGCCCUAAACAAGGAUCAGGCUUUUGGACAAGCAAUUCUUGGCAAGCCAUCUCUGUUUGACUUCAAGGGCAAAAUGUUCCCUCCUGGAUUUGGAACUUCGGUCAGGACUUGCCCUGCUCGUCAGUUUUCAAAGAAGAACAUCAACUCCCUCCAGCUGCCUUCUUCGUCAUCUGCUGAUCCAUACGCCAACCUGAACCAAAGCCAUCGCCACCAUCCGUGGAACCAGCAAAUGCUGCCCCCACUCGCCCAGGGCCAACAUCUGCCUUCGUACAGCGCGUUCAACGCCUACUGGAGUGGCCAGUACCACAGCGUGUCCUGUCCCAACACACCCUUGCAGCACUCGACUGCCCAUGGACAGCAGGCCUUCCAGUUCAACUCCACCAUCACCACAGGUAGUGGCCCCUCUUCGACUGUGCCUCAGCAUCACCAGCGCGAUUACUGGUACUAAAAGGGUUGCCUUUUGACUCAGCAACGAGACGCGGAUCUCAAGACGUUAUCAUGACCUAAAGCCUGCUAGUGACCUACCAUAUAUUAUUGAUAAAUAAGCUGUGAAUCGAUUUCACUUUAUAUUAUGCCCCUAAUUUAUUGUUCUUUUACAAAGUUCGCCGUCAAACAACAUUCCUAGAUUGAAAUAUUUCUCGGCGGCACCUCCUGUCGCGCCAUUACUUGUUUGGUUUCACACUCUUAGUUAUUUGCCUGGAACCAAAGUGUGUUUUGUUUAUUUUGAUGUCUAUCGAUUGCGAGAGAAAUUAAAAAUGAAUUAAUUCGUCCUGCAAGAAGCUCUCUGCGAGGCAUGCGAACUCCUCCCUCAUAUCUGUAUAAGUCGGUUUAGGAAUCCUCAAAAUUUUGUCCUUGGUGAGUUGGACAACGCUCGGGAACAAUUAAUUAAGCGAGGAGGUUAUGUGAAUUUGAGUUACCUUUGCAGCCAAAUUAGCUGAAACACUGAAACUUAAGGGACCUUAACUUGUUCAUUUGUUCAAAGUCUUACACAAAGUAAGAGCACUUCUAAUUAUUGAAGCAUGUGUGCUAAUAAUGUAGAGUUUAUUUAAAAGGAAUUGAGCAAUUUAUUUAAUUGCUAAUUAAGUGCUCAAAUGAAUUUCUAGUAACAGAAGAAUGAAACAUUGUAUUAUUGUAAAGUUGGAAUUAUUACGAAACUCAAUAAAAAUUAUUACAUGAAA